AUGUCAUCGUCUCCAAGGAAGAGUGUCAUAGGCGACAGGUUUAUUCCAAGUUCAUCUUCGCUACUGGCAUAUAAAGUGUCAAAUUCAACCAUACCAAAUUUCUCAACUUUUUCAAGCAGUGGUGGCGGUGGAGCUGGUGGCGGCGGCGGUGAUAUUAGCUCAAUCGAUUUAUCUUCAAGAGACGACUCAUUCUAUGCGAGGACAUUUCCAGCACAAGAGCCAAACGGCUCCUUCACGUCGCAGGAAUCAUCCAGGUCCUGCAUUAGUCGUUCGCUCCCGCGCUGUCUCAGUCCUCUUGACUUGCACCAUGAUGUUGUCGCUGAAGCGUUGGAGUUUGACCAAAAUUCCAAAGUGUUCAGAUUCAACUAUACAUACCAGGCACCCCCACCCGGCCGGCCCGUUGAGCAUCGGCUGAGAGACCGCAUCUCUGAGAAAAUCAAAAAGGGCUCCAGCAAGAAAAGCGAGCCUCCGGUUCAGUCUAUCUUGGCAAAUGACAUUUUGCAAGCACCAGGCUUGCGCAAUGACUACUAUUCCAAUUUGGUUAGCUGGUCGAGCAGGACCAACAGGGUCAUAGUUGGCUUGAGCUCCAAGAUAUACAUAUGGGGCGGUGACGAUUACGUCAACUUGGUCAAUUGCGAUAACGAAGAGUUGGUAACGGCCAUAAGCUGCUGUCCCAUGGGAUACCUAGUCCUUGUGGCCACGGCAAAUGGCAGCAUUAUAAUCAUCGACCAAAAAGACGACAGAAACGAAGUUGUCUGCGAAUUCCAGCUAAAUCACGGACGGUGUAUUUUUUGCUUUGCCUGGUUCGAUAGUGAAGACUACUUCUUGGCUGGCGACGAUAGCGGAGAAGUGUACAUCUUUGAAAAGAUUAUAGCCAAUUUCAACUGCGUCAAGAUUCAAAUCGUCAACAGCUUCAAAUGCCACCAGCAGCAAAUAUGUGGACUUGCGCUAAAUAUGAAAAACGACGAAGUUGCCGUGGGUGCAAACGACAAUUGUUGCACAAUAUGGAAUUUGCAAGACUUUCGAGCUCCGCUCUUGAAGUUUGUCUUGCCUCAUAACGCGGCGAUCAAGGCUCUCGCGUACUGCCCCUGGACCACAUCGCUUUUAGCCACGGGUGGAGGCAGCAAAGACCGCAAGAUCAGGUUCUGGCACACAGCCAGCGGCACCCUUUUAAAAGAGUUUUACACUGAUGGCCAAAUCACCUCGAUAAUCUGGUCACGAUACAAGAAGGAAAUCGUGGCGACUUUCGGCUUUGGCGGGUCAACCAAGUCUAAUCUCAUGCGGGUUUACUCGUACCCUCAAAUGAUCCCCAUUUUGGAAGUCAAUGCAUCUCAAAGUUUGCGGAUCUUGAGUGCUGCCACGAGUCCUGAUUUCUGUUCCAUUUGCGUGGCUACCAACGAUCUGACGAUUAGAAUUUAUGACCUAUGGCACAUUUCAUCUGAAAUUGCAUCGAACCCCAGUUGCAGAGUCUCGGGGGCCUAUGGCAGUGAAAUCAUUGAAUUGGCUGAAGGUAUCCACAAAUCGCUCUCGGUGAUAAGGUGA